GGUGCCCUGCGGCAGGGCGAUAGCAACGUUCUUUUUCAAGACUCUUUCUGCACUGAGACCCCCUUCUCCGGUUCUCUUCUCGUCAUCGACUCCUUCUUGUCUGUCGCGACCGAGGAGGGCCGUAGACGCGGGGCAGCCGGGCCGCGCCGCCACGAGAGGCACUUCCGGCGGCGGUUCACUUCCUGGUUUAAACUUACGCGAAUCGCUCUCUGGAGGAGGAGGAGGAGACCCGCCGCGCGAUUGACACGCAUAUUCCUAUAGGCAUCCUCCUUCAGCCCCCACCCCCACGGCCGGAUUCGGGUGGCUCCUCUCGGAGCUGAAAUCCGAGAAGAAAUCCUUAGAUCUCUUAAAAAAAAAUCUAGAAACCAUCGGUAUUUUGCUUUCCUGCUUCCUAUUUGCAAGAUGAAGAAGUUUUUCGACUCCCGGCGAGAGCAGGGCGGCUCUGGCCUGGGCUCUGGCUCUAGUGGAGGAGGGGGCAGCACCUCGGGCCUGGGCAGUGGCUACAUCGGGAGGGUCUUUGGCAUCGGUCGACAGCAGGUCACAGUGGACGAGGUGUUGGCCGAAGGUGGAUUUGCUAUCGUGUUUCUGGUGAGGACAAGCAAUGGGAUGAAAUGUGCCUUGAAACGCAUGUUUGUCAACAAUGAGCAUGAUCUCCAGGUGUGCAAGAGGGAAAUCCAGAUAAUGAGGGACCUGUCAGGGCACAAGAACAUUGUGGGUUACAUUGAUUCUAGUAUCAACAAUGUGAGUAGCGGCGAUGUAUGGGAAGUUCUCAUUCUGAUGGACUUUUGUAGAGGAGGCCAGGUGGUAAACCUGAUGAACCAGCGCCUGCAAACAGGCUUUACAGAGAAUGAAGUGCUGCAGAUAUUCUGUGAUACCUGUGAAGCUGUUGCCCGCCUGCAUCAAUGCAAAACACCUAUUAUCCAUCGUGACCUAAAGGUUGAAAAUAUCCUCUUGCAUGACAGAGGCCACUAUGUCCUGUGUGACUUUGGCAGUGCCACCAACAAAUUCCAGAAUCCACAAACUGAAGGAGUUAAUGCAGUGGAAGAUGAGAUUAAGAAAUACACAACGCUGUCCUAUCGAGCACCAGAAAUGGUCAACUUGUACAGUGGAAAAAUCAUCACUACGAAGGCAGACAUUUGGGCCCUGGGAUGUUUGUUGUAUAAAUUAUGCUAUUUCACUUUGCCAUUUGGGGAGAGUCAGGUGGCAAUUUGUGAUGGAAACUUCACAAUUCCUGAUAACUCUCGAUAUUCUCAAGACAUGCACUGCCUUAUUAGGUAUAUGUUGGAACCAGACCCUGACAAAAGGCCGGAUAUUUACCAAGUUUCCUACUUCUCAUUCAAACUUCUCAAGAAAGAAUGCCCAGUUCCAAAUGUACAGAAUUCUCCUAUUCCUGCAAAACUUCCCGAACCAGUGAAAGCCAGUGAGGCAGCUGCAAAAAAGACCCAGCCAAAAGCCAGACUGACAGAUCCCAUUCCUACCACAGAAACUUCAAUUGCACCCCGCCAGAGGCCUAAAGCUGGGCAGACUCAGCCAAAUCCAGGAAUCCUUCCCAUCCAGCCAGCUCUGACACCUCGGAAGAGGGCCACAGUUCAGCCUCCGCCUCAGGCUGCAGGACCCAGCAAUCAACCUGGGCUUUUGACCAGUGUUCCUCAACCAAAAGCCCAAGCCCCACCCAGCCAGCCUCUGCCUCAGUCUCAGCCCAAGCAGCCACAGGCUCCAUCCACCCCACAGCAGCCGCCUUCCACCCCAGCCCAGGGUCUGACAACAUCUCAGGCCCAGGCCACACCCCAGCACCAGCAACAGCUCUUCCUCAAGCAGCAGCCACAGCAGCCACAGCCCCAGCCACAGCCACAGCAGCAGCCACAGCAGCCAUCAGGCACAUUUUACCAGCAGCAGCAGGCCCAGGCUCAGCAGUUUCAGGCAGUACAUUCAGGAACCCAGCAACCAGCCAUUGCCCAGUUCCCUGUGGUGUCCCAGGGAGGCACUCAACAGCAGCUGAUGCAGAACUUCUACCAGCAGCAGCAGCAGCAGCAGCAGCAGCAACAGCAACAGCAACAACAGUUGGCCACAGCUUUGCAUCAGCAACAGCUGAUGACUCAGCAGGCAGCUCUGCAGCAAAAGAGCCUGGCAGCAGCAGGACCACAGCCCCAGGCCCAACCUGCCUCUGUCCCCCAGCCAACAUCUGCUCAGGAGCCCGCACUUCAAGCCCCAGUAAGACAACAGCCAAAGGUUCAAACAACCCCACCUCCUACCAUCCAGGGACAGAAACUUGGAUCUCUGACUCCUCCAUCAUCCCCCAAAACCCAACGAGCUGGGCACAGGCGGAUUCUCAGUGACGUCACCCACAGUGCUGUGUUUGGGGUCCCUGCCAGCAAAUCCACUCAGCUGCUCCAGGCAGCUGCAGCUGAGGCCAGUCUCAAUAAAUCCAAGUCUGCAACCACCACUCCAUCAGGAUCUCCUCGAACCUCCCAACAAAAUGUCUAUAAUCCUUCAGAAGGUUCUACAUGGAAUCCCUUUGAUGAUGACAAUUUCUCCAAACUUACAGCUGAGGAACUGCUGAACAAGGACUUUGCCAAGCUGGGGGAAGGCAAACAUCCUGAAAAGCUUGGCGGCUCAGCUGAGAGUUUGAUCCCAGGUUUCCAGUCAACCCAAGGUGAUGCUUUUGCUGCUUCCUCAUUCUCUUCUGGAACUGCUGAGAAAAGGAAGGGUGGGCAAACUGUGGAUUCUGCUGUCCCACUUCUAAGCGUUUCUGAUCCUUUCAUUCCUCUUCAGGUACCUGAUGCACCAGAAAAACUAAUUGAGGGACUCAAAUCUCCUGACACGUCUCUUCUGCUCCCUGAACUCUUGCCUAUGGCAGAUCCUUUUGGUAGCACUUCCGAUGCUGUAAUUGAAAAAGCUGAUGUUGCUGUUGAGAGUCUCAUACCAGGACUGGAACCCCCAGUGGCCCAGCGCCUCCCAUCUCAGACGGAGUCUGUGACCUCAAACCGCACAGAUUCUCUCACUGGGGAAGAUUCCCUGCUUGACUGCUCUCUGCUUUCUAACCCUACUGCUGACCUUCUGGAAGAGUUUGCUCCCAUAGCAAUCUCUGCUCCAGCCCAUAAAGCUGCAGAAGAUAGUAAUCUCAUCUCAGGUUUUGAUGUCCCUGAGGGCUCGGAAAAGGUGGCAGAAGAUGAGUUUGACCCUAUUCCUGUAUUGAUAACCAAAAACCCACAAGGUCUCCAGAGAGAGCCCAAUCCCUGUCCUGUAAUUACUGUAGAGCACUUUAAAGAAUCAGCGGGCAUUGAAGGCCUUCCCCUGUAUCCAGACCCCUCCAGAGUACCUGGCUCAAAGACUCAGAACAACUUAGAAUCUGACUAUUUAGCCAGAGAUGGCCCUUCAAGCAACAGCUCUUUCCACAGCAGUGAAGAGGAGGGGACUGACCUGGAGGGAGACAUGCUAGACUGCAGUGGGUCUCGACCUCUCCUUAUGGAGUCUGAAGAGGAGGAUGAAAGCUGCAAGCCGUCCCAGGGGAAGCCAGGAGGAGCCGUUGCAUUUGCUUCAACUGAAAUCUCUGCUGAGCAAGCAAAAGCAAUGCAAAGUGGAAGAAAGAACCAGUUCCAAACCCUUACGCAGCCAGCCACCGAUGGUUUUAGUGAGCCAGAUGUCUUCGCCACAGCCCCCUUCAGGAGCUCAAGAGUUCUAGCUGAUGACAUGGACAUUUUCUCCAAAGCGCCAUUUGUCUCCAAAGGCAGUGUGGCUCCUUCCCAGCCAGAGGAGGUAGAUGUGUUCUUGAGAGCUCCUUUUACCAAGAAGAAAAGCAUGGAGGAGUUACCACUUAUCCAGAGCUCCUCUCAGGAACCACCUGCACAGACCAGUCUCCUCAGCCAGACAGGUGAUGUCCCUCUGCUCUCAGGCCUUGAAAGAGCAGUGUACAGCUCUGUCCAAACUCAGUAUUCCAUAACUGGUUUUGUACAACAGUCUAACCACCCCUCCCAUUCUGUCAAAGCAGUAGACCAUCUUGACAUUAUCUCUCCCAGGGGAACCUCCCUGGAAUCUGGGGGCCAGCCCAAUGACAGAAGCAAAGGACCUCUGCCCCAGAAAGAAGCUGUCUCAGGCCCUAUGGCUGGCAAACCAUUCCGCCCCCAGUCUUUAUCCAAAUAUUCCCGUCACUAUAGCCCAGAAGAUGAGCCAAGCCCAGAAGCCCAGCCAAUUGCUGCAUACAAAAUUGUUUCCCAAACCAACAAGCAGUCAAUAGCAGGCUCUGUUUCCAUCACAUCCCUUUCCUCCAGGACUACGGAACUACCAGCUGCUGAUCCUUUUGCUUUAGCACCCUUUCCUUCAAAAGCAGGCAAGCAAAAACCUUAGGAGCAGUACCUGAGCCUAGGCCUCCACCUCUGCUCCACCCCACAAAUAUCACCACACCACUCCCAGCUGAGCCUUUUCAAGAAGAAAUAGUAUCAGUUAUUUCCAUCCCCUGCAUCAGAGCAGAGUCUCUUCAACUCAACAAACUCAGUUGUAGUGACACUUGGUUGAAGCCCUUCUAAGUUAUGCUUUAUUUUGUUUUUAUUGAUUUCUAGACUUUCACACACUUCAAUUUCCUUCCUAGAGGCCUUCCACUUCCACCCAGAACUCUGCUUCUCCCUCCAUCCCUGCAAAACUGUUUUAAUCCAGGAAUAUUUUACCCCAACCCCAGGGGCCAUAUUAUUACUAGUAUUAAUUCCUGUAACUCCUCUUCUGAGUCAUGUCCAUUGAAGAGUCAAGAUUAAUCCCUCCAGGACUUAAUACUCUUGGAAAAGGGAGAUUUCUAGAAAAGAGCAAUAUAAAAAUCCUGCAUGUCAAGAGGAAGUAUAAUCUUGCAGCUACUAAUCAUUCUUGUAGAACCAGCAGCUCUUGAAGGAUUCUGUGGAUCUGUUUCUGAGUCUGUGUUCAAGCCAGGAUGGCCCUCACGUGUGUCUGUGGGUGUGUGAUGUGCAUCAGAUCCUUUCCUAUGUAGAAAUGCACGCAGAUGGGAAAACUGUGCUUAUUCUAAUCAUGUGAGCAGGGCCUUCCCACACUUUUUAAAUUGGUAUGGAUGCACAGGCGCACACACACACGCACACACACACAUGCACAAGCAUCAGAAACAUUUUUCCUCCAGGUUAAUCCUAUCCCACCAUGCCUACCUCCACAAUCAGAUCACCCUUACUCCCAUUUGCCUGCUGACCUAACCAACUUGAACCCUGUUUUUAUUUAGUUUUUUUUUUUUUUUUUUUUUUUUUUUUAUCAUGGCAAAAUUGUAUCCAUUGGAAGAUGUAGGGAAAUCUUGCUGGAACUGAGGUUCAGAGUGGAUUUUUUUUUUUCCAGAAUUUGCUCUGUGCUUUUAACAAAUUUCCUUUACCUGGUUGUGAAAAUUUAAUUUUUUAAGUAUAUGUUUUCCCCUCACAACAGUAGAAAGGAGUGCCUUGUUACAAUUCCAGCCACUGGGUAGUUUGGACUCAGUGCUGUCAUUAUGUAAUUCAUUAAUCUCUAGACUAGGAUACAAAAUUAGUUUGCUUGUUUCCCCUUCCCCCACAAAUCCUUAUCUCUCUCUACUACCUCUUGAGGAAAUAUGAACCUGGGACAUGUAAAUAAAUUUGGGAGAAUGAAAAAGCUGAAUUAGCUAGCCAUGAAAAGUAAAUUCUCUAUUCUCUUUAGAUGUUAAAGUAGGGCAGACAGGUGACUGGAUUAUGUUUUUGGAAGUAUCUUUUAUUUCUGGAAAGAUCUGACUCAUUCUUAGCUUUUUUCAUACCAUUUAUUUUUAGUGCCUUAAAACCUUUGUCUCAAUGGGAAGAUUUCUGCUGAGGAAGCCCAAUUUAAUGGAAAGAGUCUCUGCAUCAGUUUCAACCUGAGAGCUUCCUAAAACUUCUAGUAAAUGUUAGUGAUUUCUCCACUACUGGAGAAACUUGGAGAGUUGUGUACCAACCUAGAUUAGUGAUUUACAAAUUAUUGGAAGUUCAUUCAAGAAUCAAGCCUAAAUGCCAAGUUCUACUGCGGUUGAUUAGGUGUGCUAUUCUUUCAAGGAGGUGGAGGUGUAUACCUCGGUGGUAGAACAUAUUCUUAGUAUGCCAAAACCCCAAGUUUGAUCCACAUCAUGAAAAAAUUCAAAUUCAAAAUCUUGAUAAUAAAAUAAGAACAACUCCUUUAAAACACUUUUUGUUUUCUUAGUCUCCACCUAUUUCAAAUAUCCAUGUUAAAAGAGAAAUAAUUGGCACUGUGUUAGGGCUACUAUCAAUGAUUUUUCGACUGAGGUCUUAACUGUGGCCAGAAACCUGUCUUUCACUUUAAUGGAUUCUAAGUGUUCAGUUUUAAGAAUUUGCCUUCUCACAAUUAUUAUUUCUGUCCCUCCCCUAAUGUAACAAUGUGUGCAAAAUUGUAUUUCCAUUGAAUAGCUUUGGUUAAUGCACAUGGAACUUUGCACCACAAACUUUUCCUAUGGUAGUUAUCAAGUGAAGCCCUCAAAGGCAUGAGCUAGGAGGAUAGGAAUAUUCAGAGAGUUCUUAUCUGAAAAAACCUACUUGCCUGGCAUAGUGGUAUGCACCUCAAGUCUCAGCUACUGGGGAGUUUGAGGCAGGAAGAUUGCUUGAGCCCAGGAGUUCAAAGCCAGCCUGGGCAACAUAGAGAGACCUGUCUUUAUUUUUAAAAAAAGAAAGGAAAAAAAAAGAAAAGAAGAGGGGGAAAAAAAGACAACAACUCUUUUAAAGUUAGAGGUCAUUCUAACUCAUUCUUCCAAAUAUUCAGGAUUACCUCAGCCCUGCAAAUGUUAUUCCUUUGUUUAUUUGAUCACUUCCUCCUAAUCAAGUGGCCAUUUUAAUUCUCAAGGUACAAAUCAGAAUAAAAUCAUGGUAAUUUUAUUAUGUAGUUGAAUUGUUUUUUGAAGGAUAGAUUUGCUCUUUUUCAUGUUUGCUGUAGACCCACAUGGGUGGAAACUACAUGCCUUCUUCAAAUAGGAAAAUGAAUGUAACCACAUGCAAAUUACUUUUUUCUUAUUCAUUGAUGCAUGAAGAAAUUUUGACUUGUGGAUUACAUUAAUUACAAGUUAAUAAUUGGUGGAUUCUGAAUACUAUGGUAGGGUUUUAUUCACUUUUCACUGGUUACUUUUGGAUGGUAAAGAGUAAAUGCAUCAAAGAUUAAGUGGCCUUGCCAGAGGCCAUCCUAUAUCUGGAAAUCUGGAAAAUACCCUUUUUAAGGGAAAUCAGGAGUGUUCAGUGUGUUAUGAAUUAGUAGCAAAUGCAUGUUUCCAAUAACUAGACUGCAGCAAUUUAAUAUUAAAGAGGAAAAAGAAAAUAUAUAGUCAACAAAGUACUGCACUUUCUUGUUUUAGUUUGUGUUGUAUGUUGUUUGCAUUACACAUUUGAUAUAGGAAUUGUUGACCUUUCAUUGCAGUGAAAAACAAUGAACCAGGACAUUUUUAGACAAUGCAUUAAGCCACAACAUUUAUUGAUGACCUCUUAAAGAACACCUGUUAAUUGACUAGCAGGCACUAUUGAAUUACUGAAGUUUUACUUCCAGUUUCUUGGGCUUGACAGCCUUUAGCUCCAAACCUCAUGGUUAGAUUGGAAAAUGAAGUGAACAGAAUUUUAUGCUGAAGCAGAUGCUCAGCAAGACCUAAGGAAAUGUAGGUCAUAAACCCUGUUUUGGUUUGGGCUCAUUAUCAAGUUGAAAAUCUCAUGUGCAGACUAGUAUGUAUGUGUUUACUGGCCGGUGUUGUAUCCAAGUUCUGGCAACCAAGAUCUCUUUUUCUCAACUUUCAAGAAGGAUACUAAUACUUUUCUGGCCCAUUAUUUAUUUAGUACAUUUUAGAAUAUAUGCAUGUCUGUGUUUUCAACUGCUUGGUGGACAUUUUGCUGAUGCAUAAAGAAAGCACAUUUAAGUAUAAUCACCAGGGUAAUGUGAUGAUAGGAAUUCUGUAUUUUUUCCUUAAGCAAUAAAAACAUAUCAAAUUACAUAAUAUGUAUGCAUUAUAUCAAAUAGGAAAUUUUAUUAUAGGAAAUUAGAGAAGGGUGAGACCCAAAGUUCUCCUGAGCAGGAAAGAAACAACUUAAAAUGGAGUAAUUUGGGUCUCUUCUAUGUUCAUUGGAAUGGAAAUUGAAGAAUACAUCCCAGUCAACUCAGAAAUGGUUGCUGGUCUCAUAGCAGUUUUAUUGAAAAACCUGGAAGCCAAAUUAUUUUGAUGAGAAAAGUUACCUAAGAGAGUUGCAGGAGACUGCAGGAGGCAGGAGCCCCUUGUUAAUGUCCACAACCAUCUUGAGUUCUGGUCUUCAGUCCUUGCCUGAAGGAGUGAACAUCGAAGAUUUUAAAUGGCAUCGUACAAUUUGAAUCCUUAGUUUUUCCUUGUCCCUGUCAACUAAUACUUGUUUUGUUGUUUUUUAAACCACCAGAACACUUAAAAACUUGUUAAUGAAAACUUCACUAAAGGAAGAAUUUCAUAAUACUUAAAAUAUAAUAAAAAAAUAUCUGGUUGGAAAUUGUUUUUGUUCUGUCCCUGGAAAUCUUCCUGGCUCACCUAUCUUGUUCUUAUUCCCACUUCAUUUCUUCAAUUGACAUUCCCCUGUUUUGACCAUGUGAAUAAGCGGAUGAUGAGAGAUGUGGCUGAAUGACCAUGUUAACAUUUAGUUGCUUCCCUUGGAACUACUAUAAAUAGUUUUGUAAGUUUCAGCCCAGCCUGUGAGAUUGUCACCAAUAACAAUGAAAUGACUGACCUUACCCAUUUCUCUUAGACUAUAAGGAGAGUUGGCAGGACUCCAGCCUUAUUCUGUAGAGAUAUGACCUUGAUCUCCACCUUGAUCUUUUGUGGCCCACAAUGCUUCAGAAUGCAGGAACCAGUUUAUGUGUGAAAGGACUCCAGAACAGCCGGCAGAAGUGGUUAAAUGUUAACUAUAUGUGGCUUAGUCCAAUAUUCUCAUAACCCAGCAAUCUCUAUGUGUGACACAGUUUUGAGUUUAUACUAACAAUGUUCUUGAAAUCAUGUCAGGGUUACCUCAUUGCAUUGUACUAGUACCAGCUAUACAUGUUUAAGAAUCUGUUUGAAGCCAAACAUGGUGGCACACACUUAUAAUCCCAUCUGUUUGGGAGGCUGAGGCAGGAAGAUCACAAGUUCCAGGGCCAGCCUGGGCAGCUUAGUGAAACCCUGUCUCAAAAACUAAAAAGGGCUGGAGCUGUAAUUUACUGCUAGAGCACUUUUCUAGUAUGCAUGAAGCCCUGGCUUCAAUGUUCAGUAGUGGGGGGAAAAAAUCUGAUUCCUUUUGGCAAGGAAUUGCAGAAAUAGGCUUUACCAACAUCAGUUAAAGUAAGAUGUGGGAGGAAUGGAGGUGUAGCUCAGUGGUAGCAAGGGCCUGGGUUCAAUACCCAGCAUGGACCAAAAAUAAGUGGAAUGGGUUAGACUUUGGAAGGGAAGGGACACAAUGCAACCUUUUCACUCAGAAAGGGCGAGUCAGUUGUAUUCUCUGAGUCUACCAAAGAGUUCUGGUAGAGGAGUGUGAAUGGAGUGUGGGUCUGUGUGUGUACAUAUAUGUACAUUCUAUGCUUUCUUCCAUGGUGUUAAUUAUGGCCCUUAACGGCAUCCAAAGAAUACUGAGAAGUGAUCAUCGAUAUCUGGCACAAGUAAAUUCAGCUCCCUUUGCCCCAAACUCUCAAAGUUAGAACUGAAGUUGUUCUCAGUAGAAGUGAAGAAAAUUGGCAUUCAUUGCCUUAGCCUCCUUCCCAAAUAAGCAUCAUCUCAUCUCCAAAGUAAGAUUCAGUAGGGCUUAUCCUAAGAACUUGUGAGUAGUGACAGUAGUGACCAGACACUGCAAGACUUGCAAGACAUUACUCUGAGGGAACAUUAAAUAUCAGUUUCUAGGGAAUAGAAAACAAAUUUAAUAAAGGCCAAGGACCAUGUUCGUUCCAUGGAAAAAAGCUGAACUCCCUCCACUGACAGUAUUUGGAGUUGACAGAAUAAGAACGUCUACCCCUCUCUAAGGAGUAUUGAGGUCAUCAAGCAUCAGAAAACAACAAUGUGCAAACAGUCUCAAAGACUGUGAACAAGGGAAAGGAAGGGGAAAGACCACAAUGUCAAUUUUAACAGUUCUCACAAUACCUCUUAUUUGCAGACUAUUGGAUUUAUGCUGUUGCACUCUUGGUGUGAUCUAUCUCAUGUAUCUGAUAGUUUUUAAAAAUAAUUGAGUUGGAAACUUUAUUAAAAUGAACCUAAUGAAAUGA